CGUGGGUUCAUAGCAGCUUCAGCAUUCAAAUUUCUACAGUGACUGUUGUGCCUCGAACUGAAGCUCUGAAAAUCUCGCGUGAGGAAAAAGAACUCCUUAAGAUCUAUCCGCGGGCAUUUUUCGACCCAAAAUGGCACAGAACAUAAAUCCAUUCUAUUCGUCUCAGAAUGCGCCGAGCAAAGCCACCGAGGAAAAGCAGAGUAUACCGAAAGACAACCAUGCAGUUAGUAAACGACUACAGAAAGAACUUAUGGUCUUGAUGAUGUGUACGGAAAAAGGUGUUUCUGCUUUCCCUGAUGGAGAAAAUUUGUUUAAAUGGAUUGGAACUAUCACAGGACCAAGAGACACGGUUUAUGCAGGCCUUACGUAUAAGUUAACUUUGGAAUUUCCUCAUAGUUAUCCAUACAGUGCUCCAAUAGUACGCUUUGCCACCCCAUGUUUUCAUCCAAAUGUAGAUGCAGUAGGUAAUAUUUGUUUGGACAUAUUGAAAGAUAAAUGGAGUGCUUUAUACGAUGUGCGUACUAUAUUAUUAUCUAUACAGUCUCUCCUUAGUGAACCCAACAACGAAAGCCCACUAAAUCCUCAAGCAGCCAAGUUAUGGAGUGAUCAAACAAAGUACAAGAAACAUUUGACAGAAGAAUAUAACAGAACUUUGAUUCGUGACCAGCAAGACUCAUGAUAAGUCUAUUUUUAUAAACGCCAUGGCUGAGUUAAUAUUUUCAUUUGCAUCAGCGUUAUUAUUAGAUUUAAGGCAUAAGAGGACCUGUUGCACCAAACUUACACAUUUACAUUACAAGAAAUUCGAUGUUUCUGCCCUGUUUUUCCUUCUCUUUCUCUUUUUUCUUCUAAUCGAUGUAUUGUAUCGCGCAAAUGAAAAUGAUAAUCAUUUUUUACAUCGUUCCAUUACGAUCAUUUUUGUUUCAUAACUUUCUGGAUAUGCCGGAAAGAUGAAUAGAAAUUUGUAUCAUGCUUUUAAGACUGUAUAUGCGGAUUAAAGAUUUUUGCAUCGUCA